AUGCCGUGCAAGGGUCCUCGGCAGUCCGGCAGUCCGUGCAGUCUUGUGUCGGACUUCGGACACAAGAAGAUAGCCACAGCCGUGGCGCACCGCAAACGCGGGAAUGGGCUCCUCAAGGUGAACCGACGUUCCUUGGAGAUGAUCGAGCCGCACACGCCGCAGUACAAGCUUCUGGAGCCCGCUUUGCUUUUGGGCAAAGAGAGGUUUGCUGGUGUGGAUAUCCGUGUCCGUGUGAAGAGUGAUGGUCACGUGGCCCAAAUCUAUGCUAUCCGACAGUCCGUCUCCAAAGCCCUGGUGGCUUAUUACCAAAAAUAUGUGGAUGAAGCCUCUAAAGAAGGAGAUCAAAGACAUCUUCACCCUUUGCUUGUAGCUGAGCCCCCUCACUGUGAGUCCAAAAAGUUCGGAGGUCCUGGGGCCCGUGCUUAG